GGCGUGGAGAAGGAAGCUUUCUGCGUUUGUCCGCGAACGCAGACACUGGAGGAAGGUACAACAGGGUCCGCGGAAGAGGAGGCAGCUCGAAAGCGACGUACUUUUUAAAGAAAAAAAAAAAAAACAAAGAGUUUUUUUUUCUUUAGAUGGGGACAAGAAAUGACAUCUACCGCCAGCGAAAGAAGGGCGUUUGCUCAUAAAAUUAAUCGAACUUUUGCUGCAGAUGUCAGAAAACAAGUGUCCAGAGAUUAUGGCUCUCCUCAACUCUCCAAGAAACGAGGCGGCUCCCACCAUCCUCUGCCUUUAACAGAGGUGGUGGAGCCUGUGGACUUUGAGGAGUAUGUGAGCAACCACGCUCUGGGGGUGGAGCCAGGUCCACUCAGACAGCUGAUGGAGUUCCCCCAGGAUGACUUAGAGCUCCUCCACCUGGACAAAGAGUGCACGACACUGGAGCCUCCGCUGCCUGAGGAAGACGACUCCUUCGAUCCCAGAGUGAGAGACGCCCUGGCAGUCUAUACGGAUGACUGGCUCGUCAUCCAGAGAAAGUACCAGCGUUACAGCACCACGUUUAGCCCUCACAGCUCAGAGCGACAGAGGGAGAGGCAGCAUGGAUUGGUCAAACAGACCUUUGAACUGGAUGAGGUCACUGCCUCAGAGAGCCAGGAUGAGCAGGACGAUGCCAAGCGACAGUCAGUUAGCCUCGAAGAGACGCCUCGCGGCAGUUGGGCUUCGAGCAUCUUCGACCUAAAGAACUCCUCCCCCGACGCCCUCCUGCCCUACGUCCUCGAACGCACAGAGGCUCGCCAGCAGGGGCGCCACUGUGACCUGCUGGGGCUGUACCCUGCCCCUGAUGAGGAUGAGGCGGUGGAGAGAUGUUCUGUUCCUGAAGUGCCUAAGGAACAUUGUGGCCAGAGGAUUAUGGUCAAGUGCCUUUUACUGAAAUUUGAAAUAGAAAUUGAGCCCAUUUUCGGAACGCUCGCCCUUUAUGAUGUUAAGGAAAAGAAAAAGAUCUCCGAGAAUUUCUACUUUGACCUGAACUCGGAUCAGAUGAAAGGGCUGCUCAAACCGCACACGCCUCACGUCGCCAUAUCCACGCUGGCCCGAUCGGCCAUUUUCUCCAUCACGUAUUCCUCCCCUGAUAUCUUCUUAGUCAUUAAGCUCGAGAAAGUGCUUCAGCAGGGAGACAUCGGAGAGUGCUGUGAACCUUACAUGGUGAUGAAAGAGUCCGAUUCCUCCAAGCACAAGGAGAAGUUGGACAAGUUGCGUCAGCAGGCAGAGCAGGCCUGUAAUCGCCUUGGUCGCUUCAGGAUGCCUUUCGCCUGGACAGCGAUUCAUCUUCUCAACAUUGUCAGCAGCGUUGGAGGUCUGGAGCGGUCCGAUCCAGAUUCCGACACUGAGCGAAAAAGUCACGGAACAUGGAACGAGAAGAAAAAGAAAGGGUUCGAAAGGAUGAGCAUCGGUGACGACGUGUGCAACUUCGCCUCUUUCCGACCAGCAACAUUGACCGUCACCAACUUCUUCAAGCAGGAGGGAGACAGACUAAGCGACGAGGACCUCUACAAGUUUUUAGCAGAUAUGCGCAGACCGUCGUCUGUUCUGCGGAGACUGCGACCCGUCACAGCCCAGUUGAAGAUUGACAUCUCUCCAGCUCCAGAACAGCCUCAUUACUGUCUGUCACCAGAGCUGCUCCACAUAAAACCGUAUCCUGACCUGCGCGUCCGGCCCACAAAGGAGGUGCAGGAGUUUCCCACUCGCUACGUGUACACUCCGCACACCGUGUACAGGAAUGUGCUUUAUGUUUACCCACAAUCCCUGAACUUCAGCAGUCGUCAGGGUUCAGUGAGAAACAUCGCGGUGAAGGUGCAGUUCAUGGCAGCAGAAGACCCCAGUCAGGCUUUGCCGGUCAUAUUUGGAAAGUCGAGCUGCGCUGAGUUCAUGACCGAGGCGUACACCCCUGUCAUCUACCACAACAAGUCUCCGGAGUUUUACGAGGAGAUAAAGAUGAAGAUUCCUGCCAAUUUGACAGACAACCACCAUCUGUUGUUUACCUUUUACCACAUCAGCUGCCAGCCCAAACAGAACACUCCUCUGGAGAGCCCUGUGGGAUACACUUGGAUUCCUCUGAUGCAGCACGGGCGACUGCGCACGGGCUCCUUCAGUCUGCCCGUCUCUGUGGAGAAGCCUCCUCCCAGUUACUCCGUGCUCACUCCCGACGUUCAGCUGCCAGGCAUGAAGUGGGUGGAUAAUCACAAAGCAGUGUUUAACGUGGAGGUGACGGCAUCCUCCUCCGUUCACACACAGGAUCCUCAUCUGGACAAGUUCUUUACGCUGGUCUACGUUCUGGAGGAGUACUCUUUACCUUUCCGCCUGAAGGACGUGAUCAUCACCGAGGCUAACAUGGAAGCGGAGCUGAAGGCCAGCAUUGCCGGACUAAGACACGCGCUGCUGGAUACCUGCGUCGGGUUUUUACACCAGCUGCUCAACAAGCUGAUUCAGCUCAUUGUCUACCCACCUGUCAUUGGUGGUCAGAUUGUGAACCUGGGCCGAGGUGCCUUCGAGGCUAUGGCAUUAUUGGUCAACCAGAUGCACAAGAACCUGGAGGGGAACCAGGAUCAGCACGGUCGCAACAACCUGCUGGCAUCUUACAUCCACUACUGUUUCCGUCUCCCCACCGCAGAGCCUACGGUGCCCCCUGCAGGAGCCCAGCAGUACGAGAUGCCGAUCCAGUACGCCACACUUACCAGAGCCCCCGCUCGUCCCAGCAGCCUGCACUUAUCACGGUCGAAAAGCAUCAGCAAUUCGAACCCCGACCUGGCCACUACUCCCGUUUCUCCUGAUGAGGAAGUACAGCGAAUUAUUGGAAGCAAAGGCAUUGACCGCUCUCACUCCUGGGUAAACUCCGCUUAUGCCCCCGGUGGCUCCAGAUCUGUGCUACGUCGGAACCCCAACUCCAGUUGUGAGCUCAAGCAGCUUCUCCACGAGGAGCUGGCCUUACAGUGGGUGGUCAGCACCAGUGCAGUGAGGGAGGCGGCGCUGCAACAGGCCUGGUUUUUCUUUCAGCUCAUGACAAAGAGCAUGGCACACCACCUAUUCCUGACCUCCAAAUUAGACAUUCCCAGACGUCAGCGUUUCCCCGACCGCUUUGUGGAUGAUAUCGCUGCUCUUGUGUGUGCCAUUAGUGCAGACAUUGCCGGCAGAUAUCACAAGGAUGUGGAGCUGGUGGAGAGGUUAAACAACAGUCUGGCCUUUUUCCUGAACGAACUAUUGUCUCUGAUGGACCGGGGGUUCGUGUUCAACCUCAUCCGUUCCUACUACAAACAGAUUUCCAACAAGCUCCACACGGCGCAAAACCCCAGCUCCCUAAACGCACUGAGGAUAGACUUCAUGCGAAUUGUCUGCAGCCACGAACACUACGUCGCCCUCAACCUGCCGUGUUCCACCCUGAGUCCUCCAGCUUCUCCGUCCCCCUCAACUUCCUCCACCACCUCACAGAGCUCAGCAUUUUCCAGUACAGUGCAUGACCAGCGUGUGGCCUCCAUGUUCGAGCUGUCAGUCCCCUUCCGUCAACAGCAUUUCCUUGCUGGUUUGCUGCUCAGCGAGCUCAGUCUCAUCCUGGAUCCUGAUGGAGAAGGGGUUUUCUUCCUCCAUAAAAAGGCCAUAAGUGCUGUUCACUCACUGCUGUGCAGCCACGACGCAGACCCUCGCUACAGCGACCCACAGGUCAGAGCCUAUGUGGCUCAGCUGUACCUGCCCCUCCUACCCAUUGUCAUGGAGUCCUUACAUCAGCUCCAUGACUUCUCCGAGUCCUCUCAUUUUCGGGUUCGGCAUGCCUCGGCCCACGCCGACAAUACUGACCUAGACGGAAGCAGCACUAUCAGUCAGUCUGUUGCCAUGGCGAUCGCUGGCUCCCCUUUGCCUCAUGCCAAAACCAACACAUUUUCUCUGCCCACAGUGGCCGGGCGUCAGUCCGGCUCGCUGUCUGCAGAGUGCAGCAGAACUCUGCUGGUCUGUUUUCUGUGGGUGCUGAAGAAUGCAGAUGCAGCUCUCCUGGAGCGCUGGGUCUCCGAUUUGUCCGUGUUGCAAAUCAAUCGCCUUCUGGAUCUGCUGCAUCUCAGCGUCUCCUGCUUUGAAUACAAGGGAAAAAAGACUCUCGAAAGGAUCAACAGCCUUACGUUCAAGAAGUCUCAGGAUAUGAAGGCCCGACUGGAGGAGGCCAUACUGGGAACAAUAGGAGCUCGUCAGGAGAUGGUCCGCCGCUGUCGAGAGAGGAGUCCAUAUGGCAGCCAGGAGAACGUUAGGUGGAGAAAGAACGUCACUCACUGGAGACAAAACACAGACAGAGUUGACAAGACUAAAGCAGAAAUGGAGCAGGAGUCUGUGGUGGAUGGAAACUUGGCCACCGAGGGAGCUCUCAUCGUCCUGGACACACUGGAGAUCAUAGUGAAGACUGUGGUGGCGUCGGAGCUGAAGGAGAGUGUUUUAGGCGGGGUGCUGCGAGUGCUUCUCCACAGCAUGGCAGGCAACCAGAGUGCCCUCUUUCUGCAGCACUGCUUCACUACACAGAGGGCUCUGGUGUUCAAGUUCCCAGAGAUGCUGUUUGAAGAGGACACCGAGCUUUGCGCAGACCUUUGUUUACGGCUCCUCCGCCACUGCGGCAGCAGCGUCAGCUCCGUUAGAAGUCACGCUUCUGCUUCUCUUUACCUGCUCAUGAGGCAGAACUUUGAGAUAGGAAAUAACUUUGCCCGAGUUAAGAUGCAGGUCACCAUGUCUCUGUCUUCGCUGGUCGGAACGUCGCAGAACUUUAACGAGGACCAUCUUCGUCAUUCACUCAAGACGAUUCUAACAUAUGCGGAGGACGACUUGGAGCUGCGUGAGACUCCUUUUCCAGAGCAGGUCCAGGAUCUUGUGUUCAAUCUGCACAUGAUUCUUACUGACACUGUGAAGAUGAAGGAACACCAGCAGGACCCCGAGAUGCUCAUUGAUCUCAUGUACAGGAUUGCUAAAGGCUACCAGAACUCGCCAGAUCUGCGCCUCACGUGGCUCCAGAACAUGGCAGGGAAACAUUCAGAAAGAGGAAACCACGCAGAGGCCGCGCACUGUCUUGUCCACAGCGCCGCCCUGGUUGCAGAAUACCUCAACAUGCUGGAGGACUGUCGCUACCUGCCGAUUGGUUGUGUCACAUUUCAGAAUAUUUCAUCCAACGUCCUGGAGGAGUCUGCAGUAUCAGAUGACGUGCUGUCCCCAGAGGAGGAGGGAAUCUGUGCUGGGAAGUACUUUAGCGAGUCUGGCUUGGUGGGCCUCUUGGAGCAAGCAGCUGCGUCGUUUAACAUGGCUGUCAUGUAUGAGGCCAUCAAUGAAGUCUACAAGAUUCUGGUUCCUAUCCACGAGGCCAACAGAGACUUCAAAAAGUUGGCCACCGUUCACGGAAAGCUGCAGGAUGCCUUCAACAAAGUCUGCAACCAAAGUUCAGGCUGGGAGAGGAUGUUCGGAACCUACUUCCGGGUCGGUUUCUACGGCACUCGCUUCGGAGACCUGGACGAACAAGAGUUUGUGUACAAGGAGCCGUCCAUCACCAAGUUGGCUGAGAUUUCGCACAGACUGGAGGAGUUCUACUCGGAGAGGUUUGGAGACGAAGUGGUGACAAUCAUCAAGGACUCCAACACUGUGGACAAGAACAAACUGGAUCCUAACAAGGCCUACCUCCAGAUCACCUACGUGGAGCCACACUUCGACACGUACGAGAUGAAGGAGAGGAUUACCUACUUUGACAAGAACUACAACCUGCGCACCUUCAUGUACUGUACUCCGUUCACGCUGGACGGCCGAGCGCACGGCGACCUGAAUGAGCAGUACAAGCGCAAAACCAUCCUGACCACGUCUCACGCUUUUCCGUACAUCAAGACACGCGUCAAUGUCCUGCACAAGGAGGAGAUCAUUCUUGUCCCUAUGGAGGUGGCCAUUGAGGACAUGCAGAAAAAAACACAGGAGCUGUUUCUGGCCACAAACCAAGAGCCUGCCGACUCCAAGAUGCUGCAGAUGGUGUUGCAGGGCUGUGUUGGCACCACUGUCAACCAGGGGCCCCUCGAGGUGGCACAGGUCUUUCUCUCUGACAUUCCCGGCGACCCCAAACUGUUUCGACACCACAACAAACUGCGCCUGUGCUUUAAGGACUUCACCAAGAGGUGCGAAGAUGCCCUGCGGAAGAACAAAGCCCUGAUCGGUCCGGACCAGAAGGAAUACCACAGAGAGCUGGAGAGGAACUACAAUAAACUGAAAGAAGCCCUGGGUCCCCUCAUCAACCGCAAGAUCCCGCAGCUCUACAGAUGCGUGCCAGCUCAGGCUGCACAAAUACAACGGAACUCCUACAGUAGGUCCAGUCUGCGGCGGGUUGACUGCUGACGAGUGGGGAAAAAACAAACAAACAAACAAACUGGAAAACAACGUAACAAGCUAUGGGUAUUACCACUAUUCCCCUGUCACUGCCAUCCAGGUCCCCCGCGGUAUAUUGUCCACACUCAAGACACUAGCAUGUGCGCCCACACUCUCCCACUCAACGCCCCGCUCAACACCUCUGCGUGAGCAGACCUCUUAGCUGUUUACACGAAAGGAUUAUCUGCUCUGUAAACACGUCUCCGAGCCGACCAUCGGUCUCCACCAACCAAAGAGAACCGUCCUCUCCUCCGCUGGUUUUUUUUUUUUUUACGCUUCAGUUUUACAGGACUGACGCUGCUAAACACUUACCGAGUUCAAAUGAUUUGUCGGUUCGUCCUUGUCUGUUUUGUGUUACGGCCUCUUUUUUUUUUUUUUUUUUUUCGUCUUAAACAGUAACAGGGAGCUUUCUUAUGUUAUGAACACACCAAAUAACUGACAUUCCUUCACCCUCCAGAGUUGUCACUUUUAUCCUUCCAUCUCCUUUUACUGGGAUUUUUAAAGAAACAUUGUUUUCACCCCCCAUCGUACCUGGAACUUUUAGGACCAGUAAUAACCAUUUUUAAGGGAAAGGAUCGUUUCUGCUAACAGUUGCUCGUUUAGUAUUUGCUUAAGGCAGACAUGUCGUACUCACCGAAACAAACAAAAGUACCAGGAUUUACUUGUUUGCUCACUGACCAAAGUCUUUUUUUUAUCCAAUGUAAAACACACUCUUUUCUCAAAUGUUUUUAAAAACGGCAAAUAUUUAAAAAAAAACAUCAAUUUAUUAACUUAACAAAAAGGUAUUUGUUCUGUAUACUUGACACUUCAUAUUCUCGUACUUUGAAUAGGUAAUGACCAAAACUGUGCCCCUACUUUACUAUUUAAUUCCUUCUCGCAUUGGAAGUUCGUGAUACUAUCUCUAAAAAAAAAAAAUUCAUUCCGAACUAAAAGUAAUCAUAAACUACAUUUUUUUACUGCAUGGUGACUGUAACUAUUAGUACCUGUAAUCAUUUAUAAACAUCAUUAUUUCUUACUUUGUGUACAAAUAACCUGUAUUCUCUUGCUCAUCAGUUCAUUAGUAAAACUAAGUCCUAUUUUUUUAUUUUUUGUGUGAUUAAAAUGAUGAUGAUGAUGAUGAUUUCCUGAUACUGGUUCCCCCUGCAGUAGAAGAACCUCAGGUGGCUGUUCCCCCCAACCCCUCACCCUUAUGCUACGUGCACAGCAGCUCAGAUGAAAAGCAUUAUUCAAAGGGAGGGAAGAAAAAAAUACAUAGGAACAGAUUUGUAAAUGUUUAUCCUAUACUGUGAAAUAUUCUCUUGUAACGCACUGUAGUCACAUAGGAAGAGCGCUGUCCUCAGCCAUCGUUCCCAUGCGGAGUCCUUUAACUACGUGAGGCUGUUCUAACCCCAGCACUCCCAGGUGUGUCACCACUACUCUGGCCGAGGAAGUUUAAAAUUGUUUCAGCUACUGUACUCUAUGAUUAUAUUGCACUAUUGUAUACAAUGUACUGCAUCACAUUAACACUGUACCAGAUAUCCACAGAUGGAACUCUUUUUUUUUUCUUUUUCUUUUUUAAUUUAUUUUACACUUGUAUCUUUUAUACUGCAAUUAAAUUUCUCUCUCCACU